CGGACUCGGAAAUGGUGCGCAGCUCUGCAGGGUGACGUCCUUCUGUCUCCAGUGCACAUUACCCUGAAAAGCAGCCGAAAUGGAAAAGUGCCCAGGUUUCUUCUCUGCUUAGCAGACGCGACAGAAAAUACAUACAGUAACCAUGGUGAACGAACAUGUGAGCAUGUUUUUCAAGCUGUAUUGCCUGACGGUGAUGACACUGGUGGCAGCGACCUACACUGUAGCAUUGCGUUACACAAGAACAGUUUCAUCGCAAUUGUACUUUUCCACCACCGCAGUGUGUAUCGCUGAAAUUAUUAAGCUCUUCAUAAGUGUAGGGCUUCUAGUCAAAGAAGCUGGAAGUGUUGGCAGAAUGCUGUCUUCAAUCAGAGAACAUGUAUUUGGAAGUCCCAAGGAGCUGCUCAAGCUGAGUGUCCCAUCUGUAGUGUAUGGCAUUCAAAACAAUAUGGCCUUCGUGGCACUAAGCAAUCUCGACGCAGCUGUGUACCAGGUGACGUACCAGCUAAAGAUCCCGUGCACGGCUCUCUGCACUGUGCUCAUGUUGAACAGGUCUCUCAGCAAGCUGCAGUGGUUUUCUGUCUUCAUGUUGUGUGGAGGAGUCGUAUUAGUCCAGUGGAAACCUGCAGAGGCAACCAAUAUUCAGGUUGAACAGAACCCCUUAUUAGGUUUUGCUGCGAUUGCAAUUGCUGUUUUGUGCUCUGGAUUUGCAGGCGUCUACUUCGAGAAAGUCCUGAAGAGUUCCGACACGUCUCUGUGGGUGCGGAACAUUCAGAUGUACCUGUCUGGGAUUGCAGUGACGCUGGCAGGAGUGUAUAUGACUGACGGAGCCCAGGUGAUUGAAAAGGGCUUCUUCUAUGGCUACACACCAUGGGUCUGCUUUGUCAUAUCUUUGGCCAGUGUUGGUGGUUUGUACACAUCAGUGGUUGUGAAGUACACCGAUAAUAUUAUGAAAGGGUUUUCUGCUGCAGCUGCCAUCAUUCUUUCUACCAUUGCAUCUGUGAUCCUCUUCGGUUUACAAAUCACUGUGAGCUUUGCAACUGGUGCCUUGCUUGUGUGUGUUUCUAUAUACAUGUAUGGCUUACCAAAGCAAGACACAACAAAACUUGGAACUGACGAAAGCUCCUGUACGUCCAAGGAGAAGCUGCUCGCUGUGUGAGCUCCUACGGAGCGCUGGGGGAGUGGAAUGGAUACGUGAGUCAGACACGCUGGAGUCUCCAGCAGGAACGCUUUUCUGUUUACAAACUGCAGAGGACACAGUAUUGCGCCAGUGCAGUGGUCUUCAGCAGAAUCACUAGGCUUUUGUUCUCCGGAUAGGCUGAAAAGGUUUCCUGCACAGAUGAGAUAACAGUGAUUGCUGUAUGUUGAGAAUUAUUGUUGUUGUUAUGAUUUAUUUUAAUCAUUAUUUUAAUAUGAAGGUUAAAAUGCCAACUAUACAAUGGUCCAGGAGUUCAAAUCACUCUUAAGCAUGCCACUUAACAGUUAAAUACUUGCACAGGUGUUGGUUUUGCCAUAUCUUAUUUGAGGCUAAAAGUAAUACCUGAAACCAAUGUCAGAAGUGAGAAGCAUGUAGGAGUAUUUUAAAAAUGCAUCAUGUUUCCUGUGGAGAUAGUUAAGAUUAAAAACACAGGUUCUAUAGAAAACUUUUUUUGGAGUCUCCAAUAUGUGUUAAUUAACAGUGACAUUUGUUUAUUUUUAUGAAAUAUCAUGUAUGUUUAUCGGUAUUAAUUAUUUAAAUAUUUUUUGCUGUAAAACGUUGCAUGAAAGCAUUAAGACAAACCCAGGGGUGUGAUUGACAUGGUGUGAGUAAUGCGCUCUGCAUCUGUGUGGAGUGUGCGUAACGUCAUUCCAUGGCUGUGAUUUUAAGAGGCAGCCCCCAAUACCUCUGGAAAACAUUUUUUCAUUAAAUAGUGUCAUAAUUGCAGAAAAGCAAGUUGGAAAAGAGCUGCUUUAUUAUGCGUGUACUGUGCAGCUGGAAUUGUUCUGCAUGUGCUGUGCUUUGCAGAAUAUGGGCUAGAAACUGUACUGUCAAUAACAAUAGAGUACAAGUUCAAAAUUAGACUUGAAAUGGUUUUAAUCUACAAAACACCAGCAUGAGCUGUGCAGAGAGGGAAAGAAAAACUGAAUGUGUCAAGAUUUGAAGGGAAGAAAUACUGUCUGAUCCUCACCUCCUUGGUACAAGGCCAGGGCUUGUGUUUUUAUUUCAUGUUCUGUUUUGCACACAUUUGAUAAACACUUUAUUUACAUUUUUAUGGAUUGAUCAAAAAACCCUCAAAUAGUAAUUUAUGAAAAGUUUAAUAAGGUACUAUUUACAAAGUUCCGACUUCUUUCUUCUGAAACAUGCCUUUAUUGCAGACGCAACCUUGUUGAUGUGGUUUAAAUAAAUAUUUCUGUUCCUCUCCAAA